UAAAACCUUUCAUGAUACGUCGAGUUAAAACAGAUGUAGUUUCAGAGCUUACCAGGAAAACAGAGAUCACAGUGCACUGCAAAUUGAGUUCACGACAACAAGCUUUUUAUCGAGCUAUCAAGAACAAGAUAUCUCUUUCUGAGUUAUUUGACAACAAUCAUGGACAACUUAAUGACAAGAAACUCCUUAAUUUAAUGAAUAUUGUCAUUCAGCUAAGGAAGGUCUGUAAUCAUCCAGAGUUAUUCGAAAGGAGUGAGGGAAGCACAUAUCUCUACUUUGGUGAGAUUCCCAUCGCCCUUUUGCCUGCCCCCUUUGGGGAAUUGGAGGAUGUACACUACUCAGGAGGUCGCAAUCCUAUAAUAUUCAAGGUUCUUUUUAUAGCUGCUUUCUUUUAAUAUACAUAACUAUGCAAAAUCUCUUGUAUUGUUAUUAUUCUUUUCAAAUAAGCUCCAUCCCCCACAUGUCCUCACCCAUCUCCCCUGUAUGUAGUUUAACAUAAAAUAAAAUAAAAAUGAAAAUGAAUAGCAUUGUAGAACUUAUUUCCAUAUCACCUUACAUCCAUGUCACGUUUCCACUACUUUUUGGUUGCUGGUUUUUUACAAGUCCUGAGGAAGGCUGGGAAACACAUUAUUAGUUCCCACAGAAGG